GGCCGUGCGCCGGGAGCGGGAUGAGAGCGCGGAGUUGCCGCGCGGGACUGAGCAGCGUGAGCGACGCUGGAGGGGUGAGGCCUCGGGCCGGCAGACGGCAUGGAGCCGAGCAGCGCAGAGGCAGCUUCCACCCGGUUCCUCGGCCUCACUCAGCGCUCUGUCUCUGAAGAUCUGGGUUGCAGACGAGGAGAAUUUAGCAGAAAACAUUACGGAUCUGUGGAGCUUCUUAUUUCUAGUGAUGCUGAUGGAGCCAUUCAACGAGCUGGACGGUUCCGUGUGGAAAAUGGCUCCUCUGGUGAGAAUACAGACUACACUCCAGAUACAUGGCAUAGAACAGACGUGCAUUUGGAGAACCCAGAGUAUCAUACAAGAUGGUAUUUCAGAUAUUUUUUAGGGAAAGUUCAUCAGAACUACAUAGGUACAGAUGCAGAGAAGAAUCCUUUCUUUCUGUCUGUUGUACUGUCUGACCAAAAUAAUCAGCGUGUUCCUCAGUACCAUUCAAUACUUUGGAGAAAAACAGGUACUCAGAAAAUAUGCCUCCCUUAUAGUCCCACAAAAACAUUAUCAGUGAAGUCUAUAUUAAGUGCUAUGAAUCUUGAGAAGUUUGAGAAGAGCCCAAGGGAAAUCUUUCAUCCUGAGAUACAAAAGGAUUUAUUGGUUCUUGAAGAACAAGAGGGAUCGGUGAAUUUUAAAUUUGGAGUCCUGUAUGCUAAGGAUGGGCAGCUUACAGAUGAUGAAAUGUUCAGCAAUGAAACUGGAAGUGAAAGCUUUCAGAGAUUUUUGCAUCUCUUGGGUGACACAAUUAGUUUGAAAGGCUGGACAGGCUACAGAGGAGGACUGGACAUUAAAAAUGACACAACAGGAACCUCUUCCAUCUAUACAGUUUUCCAAGGGCAUGAAAUUAUGUUCCAUGUUUCAACCAUGCUGCCAUAUUCUAGAGAGAACAAGCAGCAGGUAGAAAGGAAGCGACAUAUUGGGAAUGACAUUGUCACUAUCGUGUUCCAGGAAGGUGAAGAGUCCUCUCCAGCAUUCAAGCCAUCUAUGAUUCGCUCUCAUUUUACACAUAUUUUUGCCUUAGUGAGAUACAAUAAGCAGAAUGAUAGCUACAGGCUGAAAAUAUUUUCAGAAGAAAGUGUUCCUCUCUUUGGGCCUCCCCUUCCAUCCCCGCCUGUGUUUACAAAUCACCAGGAAUUCAGGGAUUUUGUGUUAGUGAAAUUAAUAAAUGGGGAAAAAGCCACCUUGGAAACCCCAACAUUUUCUCAGAAACGCCAGCGCACUCUGGACAUGCUGAUCCGCUCUUUGUACCAAGACCUGAUGCCUGAUCUACACAAAGUAAAUAAUAUGCUCAACAGAAGGUCCUUCAGUGAUGUGUUGCCAGAGUCCCCAAAAUCAACACGGAAAAAAGAGGAAGCUCGGCAAGCAGAGUUUGUGCGACUUGGUCAGGCGUUGAAAUUGAAAACCACUGUGAAAGGGGAUGCCACAGCUAACCUGGCAACUACAAGUUUUUGUAAAAAGGAGCCUUGGGAAUCUCAAUCUUUCUGCAGUAAUUUUCCUCAUGAGGUUGUCUGUGCAGAUUCUUGGGGCCAGUCCUUGCUGGUUUCUACAGAUGCUGGCAUCUUGUUAAUAGAUGAUGGUCAACCAUCAGUGCAAGUGUUUGAUAAAACUCUCCAAAUAAAGCAAAUGCAUGUGUUAGAAGCUCUGGAUCUUUUGAUUGCCCAAACAGACAAAGGGAAAGACUCUCGUCUCCUUGUCUUCAGACUCAGUGCUCUCCAAAAGGAUAUAGAAACAAAGCAAAUUAUAAAAAGCAAAUAUGACUGCAAAGAAAAUAAACUGGAGCGAACAAAAGGCUGCCAUUUGUAUGCCAUUAACACUCAUCAUGGCAGUGAACUGAGGAUUGUUGUGGCUAUUCGGAACAAACUACUUCUCAUCACAAAGAAAUAUAAUCCAUGCAGCAGUUUAACCAGCAGCUCCCUGCUAUCAUCUGAAUCUCCAGUAGAGGAGUUCCAGUACAUCCGGGAAAUAUGCCUUUCUGACCCUCCAGUGCUUAUGACUCUGGUGGAUGGACCUACUGGAGACAGUGACAGUGACAGUGACAACAUGAUCUGUGUAGCAUAUCGGCAUCAGUUUGAUUUAGUUAAUGAGAGUACUGGAGAAUCCUAUAGAUUGCAUCAUGUUGAAGCAAACAAAGUUAAUUUUGUUGCAGCUAUUGAUGUAUAUGAAGAUGGUGAAGCUGGUCUACUGUUGUGUUACAACUAUAUUUGUCAGUACAGAAAGGUAUACCCUUUCAAUGGAGGUUCUCCACUGAUCCAGCCAUCAGCUUAUGACUUCCACUUCAGCUGGAAUCAAGUUCCUUAUGCUGUUGUCUGUGCUUUCCCUUACAUCCUUGCCUUCACUACUUACUCCAUUGAGAUCCGGUUAGUGGUGAAUGGGAACUUAGUCCACAUAGCAGUUGUGCCUGACCUCCAACUUAUAGCAUCAAGGUCAGAUAUUUAUUUCAAAGCUACUGCUGCAGUAAGUGGAUCAUCCGACAGCAGCUCACUGGAAACGUGUUCAGUGAGUUCUCCUCCAACACCGACAGCUUAUGAAGUGCCAGAAUGUCCUCUUUCUUCUCUAGAAGGUGAAUCUUCAUGUAAAAGCCUGUACAAAAUUCCCCUCAGUAAUCUGGUUGGACGAAGCAUUGAACGACCUCUGAAGUCACCUUUGGCUCCCAAAGUCAUCACUACUACAGCACCCAGUGGCAGUGCCUCUCUCCCAGUUGCUCACUCACUACCCUUAUCUCGCAUGGAAAUUAAAGAAAUUGCAAGCAGAACACGUAAAGAAUUGCUGGGCCUCUCGGAUGAGCCCAUAUCCAAGACAGAAAGUGCACAGAAGCAAAAAAAGGUUCCUCGAAGACAGUCAGACCUGAAGCCCGGAGCAGUAAGAUCAACGAGUAGUGACAGGAUAAUGAUCUCCAGCUCUUCUGAAACCUAUUCUGAAGGAUGUCAUCUUCCUCUUCCCACUAGUUCAGAUCCCAAUACUGUUGCAAACCAGGAGGAGAGCUCACCAUCCAGCUAUCCUUUUCAGCUGAUUUCUUUAUAUGAUGAAGACAUCAUUGACUUGAAGUGAAGACAGUCUUAAAACCUUUCUUCCUUUACAUUUUCUUACAAAUCUGUGAGCUCUAUGGGAACGUCACAAACACUGCUUCUAGUGGUAAAAUGUGACUGGAAGUAUUGAUGAUUAAUCUUUAUAAAACCUGUUGUUCUGGUUAGUUCAUCCUGAUUUGGUGAUGCUUGUAUCUUUGAAGUUUAUGAACCCCUAUUUUUGUGGCAUUCUAAUAACAGGUAAUCAAUGAGAGAUUUAGGCUGGUACAGAUCUAAAAUAAAAACUAUUACUUGUUCUGAACUUCUUAUAACUUGAAGUACCUGAACAACAUUCAGCUAAGUUUAUCACUGCUAUUACUCUCAUGAGUUGUUUUACAAUGGUGUAUGUCAUGUGGGAAGGUGAAUUUUAUAAUGUAAAUCAUCCUCUUGUUUUUCAGUCUUUUAAAAAAACAACCAAACCUGACCACACAAACCAACCAAUCAAAAAAAAAAAACCAGAAAACCACAACAAAACCCACAAACCCCUCCACCAAACAAGGCUUGCAGUCAAAGUGUUUCCAAACAGUGCAGUCUGUCCUUGAAAUGAUGAAGCUGUGGUAUGUUCACUGAAGAAUCAAGGAUGUUCUCUGAAUAUCAGGUAAGAUACAAAGAUGCUGCUUCCUUUAGUCUGGCCUGUCAAUGCACAUUUUUUAGAGAAUUUGAAAACUGUCUUGGCAUUAAAAAUCCUUGAGCAGAGACUUUUUAUAGACAACACAAACUUUUUAAAUACUCCUUAAGAAUCAGAAGUUGAAAUAAAAAUUAAAAAAAAAAAUCCAACUGUAUUUCUCCAUCUGCUGGAAAACUGUUAUUAUAGUGCACCUCCAGAUUUUCCCAUUCCAGGCAGAAGAAUCAACCCCUGAUUUUCUUCCAGACUACACAAAUUUUUUAAAACUCUAUCCAGAAUGAUAUUUCACUGCUAAGAGAAGCUAGUUUUUUAUGGUGAAAUAGUCAUCGUAGAUCUUUUGUUAAGUUAAAAGACAGGUUAUCAUGUUUAAAGCCUGAUUAGAUUUUAACCCUUUCAUCUAUGCCAAAAAUAAGUUUUAAACAGUAUUUUAAAGGGUGGUUUUUUGUUGGUUUUUAUUUGUUUGUUUUGUUUCAUGAAAGCAUGAUGCUUCCAGGCUUUUUAUAUGUCAAGGUUUUAGCUUUAUUAAGAAAUAUUUCCUUUUUUAUAUGUAAAAAUACUGUAUCCUUGGUUUUUAUUUUGUAAUAGCAUUCCUGUGUUAUGAUUUCACUUUGUAUCCAAGCAUGACUGUCUGGAGAUGUGUGCCUUUUGCUUCAAUCUGUUUGAAUGUAAAACAAUUUUCGCAAGGUAAUUUUUGCCUAAUUUCUUGUAUAUAAGGGCUUAAUUGCUCCACCUAGGAAAAUAUGCAAGGCCUUAUAUGUAAAGAUAGUUUCUUACUCUAAAUUGGAGUGGCAGAUCAAGGAAAGAAGCAGUAUUUCCAACAGUAAUUAAUGUAGAAGCAGAAGCAGUAUUUACCAGUGGCUACUAUCUAUUUUAGUAUUUUUGUACCUUUAGAGGUGUUGGGUGAACCUUCAUGAGCAUCUAGAAGAAAGUGCCAGCUCUAAGUCUUUUGAAGAGCUUACAGUUCUUUUUGAGGAUGUUACUUCCAUUGAUUGUAUUGAUUUACCCCAUCCCAUUCAUCCGGGCAACUGAGGUUUAAAAAAAUCAAUCUGAAAACAUCACGGAGUGCUUCUUCUCCUGGAAGUUUUAAGCACUUUGUAGAGUUACUGAAUCUGCUUUGGGGAACACUGCUUGCACUUAGAUAUUUUUAGAAAGUCAAUGCACUGCCUUUUUCUAGAAACAGAUUUCUCAAUGUAUUUCAUCUGUGCUAUGUGGGUGUUUUUGAAGUCUACCAGGGUGUUGCAGAACUGGGACUUUAGUUAAAAUAUAUUUUUGUCUGGAAAAUUUGCUUUGGAGUGUUAGGAUAUCAGAAUUUAAAUACAUUGCAGAUGUUCAUUCACGUGUGCUAUUCUAGCAUGAUUUAACAUGACAUAGCCAUUCUGUAGUAGUUGAAGCAAUAUAUGGAGAUUUUAAAACUUGCUUUGUAGAACCCAAACAAACACAUAUUUAGGUAUGUGGAAAGAGAAGCCUUAGAGAUGGAGCACUAAGGAGACAAAGAAGACAAAGCAAGCUUGCCCACUGUCUGUGGUGGUAGUCAGGACAUGUAUAGGUGUGGCAUUCAUGUCCUAACAUAGAGAUGAUUAAAGAAAGAAAGGGCCAUGAAUCUUUGUAGAUAUUUUAUUUAGCCAGAACCACAGCAGUGGCUAUGAAGUAUUGGUGUAAAGUAAGAGUGUGUCUGUGUGAGAACCUUUGAAGGUUUGCCUGUCAUCACAGUACUGAUGACAUCUAGCAAACAGUAACAAACAGCAAAAGAGCUGUAAGUAGUACAGAUGAAAUUUGUUAAGUUUGGCAAAACCAGAUCAGAGAAGUGUCAUGGUACUUAUCUGGGGAAAGAUGUUGGCAUAGUUUGAAGAGGGAAACCCAAGAUCUGCCUCCCCCACACCUGAAUUUUCUGGUAUGGCCUGACUUAAUAGGUCAGGCACAAGCUGUUGUGAAGGGGCAAUGGCAACUACCAGACCUAAAGACUCUUACUUAUACAGGACAGGAGAAAUCUGAAACAUGGAAAAAAAAAUUACCUGUUUCAAUUCCUCAUUUAUGCAGUAAGUGCCUUAUCAAGGCUGCUACUUCUUGAGGUUUUGCUUCUGUAAUUAAUCAGUGUGUGUUGCAGGGAUGUCGGGAUAAUAUUUGACCUUGCAAAAGAAGUUGAGAGGCUUCAGGCACCAUAAGUUUGGUUUGUAUGACACGUAGAGAUGGCAGCUGAGGCUUUAGGGUCGUGUAUAUCUAGUUUACUACCUACUUGCUGUAUGAGAGCAGCCUAGAAUGUAAGUAGAAGGGAGACAACAUAGUAAUUUCCAAUUUUGUUUGACAUAAGCUGCAAGAACCAAAUUCCGUGAAGGUCUUUAUCACAUUUAUUGGAUCAAAAGACAAAAUACCACACAAUCCUGUGAAAUUGCUGCCACAAGUGGACAAAUAUCCACUGUACAUGGAUGUAGUUUUUGUGGUCUCAGACCAUCAUGAGUUACAUGUGAAGUCUAACACUACUGCAUAACCAGUUACAUAGAGUGGGAGUUGCUGCUCCUGACAUUUACUUGCUGUGGUUCUGUGUAUAUUUGACCAAACCUUGGAUUCAGGCUCACGUGUGUUUUCCUAGCAGUGUGGAUCUACAACUUGUGCUUGCAAAUGCAUCAGCUUUCUUGGAGCUGUUGCCUUAGUCUGCAUUUGGGAGAUAUAAUCCUAUGGGCUUGGAUUUGUUUUUAACAUAUAUAUAUGUGGAUGUAUAUAUAUGAAUAUGUGUAUAUAUUUGUAAUUUUUACCACAAGUAAAAUGGAUUAAAAGUCCUAAGCAUAUACGUAGGAAUCUAAAGUACUGUGAUUUGUGGGGAGCUUGGGGGGGAAUUCCAUCUGCAAGUGAUAAUGUAUUUCAGAGUUGGUUUUGUUGCCUUACGUAUUUGAAAAAGUGCCAUACUGUUGUCAUUAGUAACAAUUUGAUGUCAUGGUUCAUAUGCUCAGUGCUUGCUAUUUCUGUUAAAGCAGUAUUUUCUCAGAUAGACUUAGCCUGAUUUCGUGGAGGAAGAAAUUAGAUCCCAAGAACCUAACACUAACAAAAUGAGAAACAUCACACGACAGUAUGCAGCAAACACAUGUACUUGCAUGCAGGUUGGAAAGUAUUUUUACUCUUACUAGUUGCACAUAGCAACUUCACCAAGCUGUAUCCUGCCUAGCUGUUUCACUCUAAUGCUGACCCACAACUGACUUGACUCCUGUUUGCUACUGGAAGUCAUUAAAUUAACAUGUGAUUUGAAAGAAAAUUAUAAAGAUUUUGUGCAUAUUUAUUUAUAGCUCUAUUAAGUCUUUAUCUAGUUGAAUGAAAAAUGCUAUGUCUCUCAAGUGUUAUCAACCUGGAAUGUCAGUUUUAAGUAAGUCUUUGAGUUUUAGCAGACUGCUUUGUAAUUUAAUAAUUGCAUAUUGUUAAUAUUGUUGCUACAUUUGUGAUAAAAAAAUCUCCAUCUACCACUUGUCUUAAAUGCCCAUGUAUUACCUUUGGUUUUAAUGUCAUGAGAUAUGUAUGGUUUGUGUUUUAGAUGUGAAAUCCAACUAGAAACAGUUAUAUAACAUCUGGAACCUUUAAAAGUGCCAUUUAUCAUCUCUGUGAAGAAGUAAUAGAUGAUUUAUACCUUCAUAUGCAAUAAAAU